ACGUUACGUCAUUUCCUUCAAAACUGAAACCAUUUUUCGGCGGCAGUCUUUAGGAAGACUUAACUAGCAAAACGAAGAUUGUAUUUAUGAGUGUUUUUACUCAGGAGACGAAUUCCAUCUAACCCGAGAACAGGAAGCUGAACUCCAGGUGUGUGCUGGUGGCAGCUGGCAGGAGAUGGACCUGCUGCUGUUGUCGCAGAUUGACGAGGAGCUGGACUCCUCUGAGGCGGCAGAGCUUUGCUUCCUGUGCAGUGAUGUUGUUAACAGGAAGCGGCUCGAGGGGAUCACGGAUGCCAAGGGGCUGUUCUUGAGACUGGAGGAGAGAGGACUGCUGGAGAACUCUUCUUUUCUCUCUCAGUUGCUUCACACCAUCCAUCGAGCGGAUCUUCUCAACCUGCUGAACUCUGAAGGCAGAGGACAGGAGGAGACUGACGCUAACCCUAUCCUGUCCGACUACAGGGUGAUGCUGUACAGAAUACAUGAGAACAUGACUAAUGAGAAUCUGGAAAAGAUUAAAUAUCUACUGAAGGAUGAUCUGGGCAAAAGACACAUGGAGAAAAGCAGUACAGCUUUGGAUGUAUUUACUGAACUGGAAAAGAUGGGCGUCAUCUCAAGAACAAAUGUGAAUAAACUCCAAGAGAUUCUGCUCAAGUGUGAUAAACAGCUGGCUGUGACUGUGGAAAGCUACAUGGACGCCGUUCAGCAUCAACAGAGACCUCCAGGUGUCCCUCCAGCUCGUCAAUGUCCACAGAGGCCCAACAACACCCAUCUGCCUCAGAUGAGCUGUGGUGAAGUAGGUGUUUUCUUUGAUUCACCUGGGGCCUCACAGUGUGAUGAGGUGGAGUUCUACAGUCUGACUCGUGAACCUCGAGGUUCGUGUGUGAUCUUUAAUAACGAGCACUUCCAGGGGAUGCUGACAAAUCGUAGAGGAACUGAAGAGGAUACAAAAACUUUGAGCUCACUGUUUGAGCGCUUCGGCUUUAGAAUCGAAACAUACAUCGACCUGAGCUCAGACGAACUUAAACAGAGAAUAAAAGACAUAGCCUCAAGGGAUUUUUCUAACGACGACCUUUUGGUUGUAUGCAUCCUUACCCAUGGAGAAAAGGGCUGCGUCUUUGGCUCUGAUGAGAAGAAAGUGUUCCUGCCAGAUCUGACAUCGCCCUUCACCAGUGACAGAGCCCCCACCCUGGCAGGAAAACCCAAAGUCUUCUUCAUUCAAGCAUGUCAGAAUGAAGGUAUCCAGGAGGACGCACAGAGACCCCCGGAGUCACAUUCUGGUCUCCAACAGGAUGGGACGUUGCCUGCAGGAGCAGACUUUCUGAUCGGCAUGUCCACGGUGGAGAACAACAAGUCAUUUCGGCACACUAAAACCGGCUCCAUCUACAUCCAGGAGCUGUGCAAACAGCUGACUAAAUCAGCUGAGAGCUCGGAGAAAGAUGACCUACUGACCGUCCUGACUCGUGUGAACAGGGAGGUCGGCAAAGGAGUGUAUGCAAGAAACAAACAGAUGCCGGAGCCCAGAUACACUCUGACCAAGAAGCUCGCCUUCAGAUUUGUGUGAGCUGCCCGAAAACAAAGA